AUGCAAUCACUCGUCCUUCCCCCUUCUUCCUACAUCUCUACAGAGUUCGGCCAUCCAAGGUUAACCCCAGGCCAAGAGCGGCUUUCGUUCAAUCUCCCUCGAUCGACAAAUGCUCGACGGUACACUCCUCGGGAUUUACCGCCCCCUCGCUCUAUGUCCGGUCCGGUCCCAGCAGAAGACUCGCUGGAGACUUCUGGGACCGCGAGGCGCCCCGGACAUCCGGAGCUCUUCCAACCAGUAUCAACCGCGAACGUAACAGCGCCAACGACGACACCCAUUGCUGUUUCUGGAUCUCAUCUCCCUUCGGGACCCGCGGGCGCUGGAGCUGUUUCGGAACCGCUGGUGCAGCGCAUAGUUUCCGCGCCCGGGGAGGAAGUGAUACGGCAACCGCUUAGUGUUAGCGAUGCAUUCUCUUCGACACGAGCACGACUCCCACCGUCGCUCGGAGCUCAACCUUUAUCGCAAUAUUCGGCGGUCGCCUACGCCCCGCCUUCGUUCGGAUCGUCGCCUCCGGAUGCCUCUACCCGACCAAUACCGCAAAAGCCCACCAGACGCACAAAAGCGCAUGUCGCAUCAGCGUGCGUAAACUGCAAAAAGAAGCACUUGGGCUGUGAUCCAGCGCGGCCAUGUCGGAGAUGCGUUCUAUCAGGAAAAGAAGCUACAUGUGUAGAUGUCACGCACAAGAAGCGAGGGCGACCGCCGCUGAAGGCGGAAGAAGCAUCCCUCAGAACGUAUGCCGCACACCUGGAUCGAGCAACUGCCGGGGAGCCUCAUGGCUCUCAAUCGAGACGGACACACAUGCAUCGAGCAACCUCCUCGCGGGAAAUACGCCCUGUGACAGAUCUGCAAAUGAUGGGAGGUCAAGCAGGAGCAAUGGCCAUGAGGGCCUCGUCAGGACAUCCGCACCGGUGGUCUGCUUCGAUGUACCCCCACGCCCUGGAUCCUGCCAUGACAAUGCAAAGAAGCAUCGGUCAUCGGAGAUUUUCCUCCUCUGGAUCAGUUCAGUCGAUGACGACAACAUCACCGCCCACCUAUGUGCCGAUGCCUGCCGGGUACAAUCCCGCACUGGGAAUGGGUCGCAUGCCUACGGGAGCUGGAAGGCAUCUGUCCUCUUACACCCACCAAGCAUUGAAUCCUGCUACGACCCCGCCGCAAUACCAACAGCAAUUUAUUCCGAUGUCGCCUUACGCGGAGGCCACGAGAAUGGCAAAUCGAAUGCCGAUGGGGGAAAUGCCAGUAGGAAGGGAUCCCCGUGAAGGGUACGGCGAAUCGCCGGUCAGGCUUCCCCCGAUCUAUGCGCCGACGAUGGGAACACCGGCUCAUGUGUCGCAAGGCCAUCGCUUAAGCAGUGACCCAUACCCUGCAGUUUGGUCGUCGCCCAUGCGAGAGGACUACUUGUCACAGGAACAUCGACAACAUAUGCCACCGCACGGAUAUAUCGAGCCGAUUUCGCCGAACAGUCAAAUGCGUCCGGGAGGAUCCGAUUCAGGAUACGUCGAUCCAGCUUUACGACACCUGGGAUCCAUGGUUCCUGGUACAGAAGGACAAUCGCUACAAUUGUCCCCUUCGCAAGCCCAAAUGGAGCAAUCUGCGGCUGAGCCUCAUUCACAGGAUUCAAGGCCAGCCAAGCGGAGAAAAAUGGCCUUGGAUGACAUGGUCAAUGACUAA